AUGAGUUUUCAAUUUAUAUUUCGGCCAUUUAUCUUGAAGUGGGUACGACGAGGAGAUUCUUCUGAAGAAAAGAAUGGGGGUCUAAGACGCUUCUGGUUUUUGCCUAAUAGAACGCGUAGGGAUGACCCAAAGACUUUACGCUUGUUCAGCGCCAUUCAAGUUUUUACAGGGUGUUUUACUGGAUUUUCACAUGGAUCUAAAGACAUUCCUAAUACUAUUGCUCCUUUGGUAAGUAAAUUAAUGAGGGAAUAUUUGAUAUUGAAAUUUACAGUAGUUGAAUAA